UCAAGAACAAAGGUUACAAAGCGUGGAGAAGAAGAAAUGUCACGCUCACUCGACAAGGCUCUUGAUGAUAUCACAAGAUCUGGAGAAUAUAAUGCUACUUCCGGCAGCCGCAGAAGCUCCGGUCCUGGCCAUGACCGCUGGCUCCCGUCUCGAGACCCGACCAGAUGGCAGCCUUACGCAAUACCAUCGGCGGUGCUAGUGCCGGAACCGGUGAGGCAGCAGCAAGAGGUGUUAGCGAGUGAAAGUUCUAAAAGAGAUAGUGGCACAAGGCUUUAUCUAUCUAACUUGGAUUAUGAUGUGUCUAAUACUGACAUCAAGGUGCUCUUCUCUGAUGUUGGUGUCUUGAAAAGCUAUGGAAUCCACUAUGAUCGGACGGGAAGAUCAGUGGGAACAGCAGAAGUUGUGUUUUUGCGCCAAACAGAUGCUUUGGCUGCUAUCAGUAAGUAUAACAAUCACCCGCUCGAUGGGAAGCCACUGAAGAUUGAGCUUGUGGGAAACUUAAUUGGUCCAGCCCCUCUGCCUCCAACUACACAUGGCAUCCUUGGAACGCCCAGUGAAUUAGUCAGAAGUGACGGGGGUGCUGGGUUUGAGACUUCCAUUGAAGGUAUUGGUGGUGGAUUUGCCAGAAGCGAAGGGAAAAGAACAAGUGAUCAGGAGAAGUUAUCAGCCGAAGAUCUCGAUGCGGACUUGGAGAAGUACCACCAGGAAGCAAAGAGAAUCAAGGCAAGUCAUUCUUAGUGGGCAUUUUCUUGUAGGCUUUUUGUUUUUGGAAGAUUGAAAUUCAAAAGUGCCAUUGAAACUUCAAUUCUGAUAGAAGAUAUUAAGAAUAGAAUACUGAAUACCAGCCAAAAAAAAAAAAACAAAAGGUGAAUUACACGGCU